GAAUUGUGCAUGACGCCAUAUUUAGAAUAUCAUGAACGAAAAUAUUCAUGAUAGGCUUACAUGAUUAAACAAAAUGAAAUCUGUCAAAAUUGAUAUAGAUGAUGGAUUUUCCAGUGGAUCAUCUGAUUCAGUUCCAUUAAUUACAAAAAAGAAAAAGGAUGAUUCGAUGUUUGUAAAGUUUACGCAAUCUGCCCCAGAACAACAUUCUAAAGUUAAAGCUGUUAUAUGUUUUCCUAUUGGAUGUGCUGUUGGCGUUUUGUUUUACUAUUUUGUAAUUAAUCCUAUCGAUAUGGAACAAGACUCAAAACUCGCCACUGGGACACUUUUAGGAUUUAUUAUUACUGUUGGUUAUGGUGUCAGUACUCAAGUCAGAUGUAUCAUUACUCUUGUACUGCCUAUAUUUUUUGGACAAAGUGGACGGUCUUAUGUUGCUGCCUUUGCUUUAGUUUAUAUUAUUGGAGGUCCUGUAUCUAAUCUUAUAGUAAAUUCAAGUGAAAUGGUUCGAUCUCUCAGUUGUAUAACUCAAUUGAUGGCGAACCAUUCAGGUAUUAAAUUCGAUUUACGCUUUAAACCCAUGAAGGGUUCACUCACAGAACUACAGGAAAAAGGAUUUGUGACUAAAGGUGUCGAGAAAAAAUUUACCAAGGCUUUUGAACCAAUUGAAAAAGAGCUCGAGGACCAAGCUGAAGUAAGAGGAUUGAAAGCUGACAACGACAAAGCAGAUUCGUUUACGGGAAACGCUGUCACGAGAAAUGAAUUACUGGAAGAGAAAUAUAAAAAAAAUCCGGGAAAAACGGAAGAUAAAAAGGUAGAGAGAAAAUGGGAGAAGAAGUUGGAUUAUAGAUGUGAAGAUGUGUUUAGUCAAGGUGUUUUGAGAUGUAGAAAGUGGUUUGCCAAUACCUAUGAUAAAUGCAUGGAUGAACUAUCAGUCGCCGGCUAUCUUCUCUGUUGGCCAAUGAAGCUGGAUUUUUUCUGUGAAUUGGUGAAUUUAUUACCAGGAGCAUUUGGAUUGAACUGUGAUUCAAUGAAGGUAGUGAAUCCCGGAGUGGGAGAAACAUAUAUGGCAUCCAAGGAAAUGGCAAACGAGUUAAAGUCCAGCAUGGAUGUUAAUUUACAAUAUAAGAUGAUUGAAACACCAAUGGAUUUGAAUUAUAUGACAGCCGAAGAGGUCAGAAAGAAGACCAUAUAUGCCUUUGAAAAAAAGAAGAAAGUCGUCAAAUUCCUUCUGCUCAUAACUCAACGAUUACUUGCUUUUACCUUUAUCUUGGUAUUUCUAAGUGCUUAUCAAUACCAUAAAAAAUAUUUGUCUGAUUUUCGACACGAUAAUAAUUAUAUAAGUGGUUAUUUCAAACGUAUUGAUGCUCGACGUAAAGCAGAUGGAAAAAGUUUUCUUCUACCACUGAAAAAGCUAGAGAAAAAGGAAGUAGUAUACCCUACCUCUUGUAAAUUACAGAAGAAAGAAGCGGGAGAUUUGAUUAAAGGUACCGUCACAUUAUUCUUUCGAGUGUUUUUAAGUAUUAUUAUUGUCAUGUUAGAUCAUCUAUUGUAUACUGUCUUGUAUAUCAUUGGUAAAAACUGUAAAAUAGAUUACAAACAAACAGGAAGCCACCAUAUUGAUUUGAAAGUUUAUGGCGAAGGAUUUAUGGGCGACAUUGUAAGAUUAUUUUUAUCAUCUUUCAAUCAAAAACACGACAUCGAUCAGAUAACAUCUAAUGCAGUUUGUCUACCUUAUCCUUCCAAGGCUGAUAAAGUUAAAGUGACCAUGAUAUUCUCUGUAUAUGCAGGAAUGUGGUUUCUACUGUAUUUACAAGCAUAUGGCUUGAGAUUGAGAAGGGUCAUAGGUGGAUUUUUUUACAGAAAGCGUGAAAAACGAAGGACUUUAUAUCUUUAUAAUGACAUGUUGAAAAAAAGAAAGGGAUUUCUUAAAAUGAUGAGACAUAGAGUAAGAAAGCAAGUGAAGGCUCAAGUAUUAAAAAGAAAUACCAGCAUAGUGGUAUCAUUAAAGAAAGAGUUCCCCAAAUUAUGUUGUUGGUUAAAGCUAGUAUCUUCUAGUAAAGAUGUGUGUUUGAUAUGUGAAGAUAAAGAAGGUUCUGGAUAUCAUAAAUGUACUACUCCAAACUGUAAUUUUGGUUAUUGUGGAGACUGCUGGGAAGAUAUUCAGGAAAUAUGCUAUGCCUGUAUGAGUAAAGGCGAUAGUGACUCUUCAGGUUCGAGUAGUGAUUCUUCAAACAGCGACAUCGAAUAAAAGAUCAAAGUUGGAAGAAACCAUACACCAUAGUAUAGUUCCGCGGGAUUUUAAUUGGUUGUCUUCCAGAAACCUUGAACACUGUUUCCGGCAAAAAACAUACACAACGAAUUUUACCAGCAAUGUGUUCACGGGGUCUAUAAGAUAGUAUGUGAAUUGUGUCAGUCAGCAACUUGGUCUAAUUAAAAUUAAUUAACCUUUUGAACUAACUCGAUGACGUCUGCUUUGGCCAAUUAAAUUUGUACCCUCUCCAGCGUUGGUAUUUUGUGACGCAGUGUUUAUGUUUGGGUCAAAAGGCCAAUAAAAAAACCGGACGAAAGUUGGGUCUGAUUUUGAUUAGACUGUGUAAGAUAUCGUUACACCUUUUACACCAAGUUAGUCUGUAUUACGAGUUCGGUUUGUCUGUCUUCGUUUCUACCAGGUAAACAUGAUCUCAUGCAAUGUUCGCCAAAAACCAUGAUCUCUGAAAACGUUUCUUGCUUGCCCUUUUUUCGCAAAAUCCUGAAUAAAUCCAGUUUUGAGAAAACCUUCUGGAUUCAUGGAACACUUUUUCUUUUAAAUCUGAUAAUCUGGACCAGAACUGAUCUGCCCCUUUCAAACUUGUGGUUCAAUAGAUUUGUUUUUGUUGAUUGUUCUAGCAACAGUUUUUUGUCAAAAUAUACCGGUCACAAAUUUCUCAAAAAAAAUUACUGAAAUAAAGGAAACACAUUUGAAUUUUUCAGAAAUCGUCGGCAAUUUUUUGCUGACAGUUUUUUUCAGUAAUUAUAAGAAUUAACGUGGUAGAACCACGAAAGGUUAUUAGUAUGUUUAAACUAUCAUAUUUCAUGUAUACGUUUGUUUAUAUUUUAUUAUAGAAAUAAAAGUCUCCUUUCAU